CAGUACUGUCAGUGUUUUAAAAUAUGUGAGCAAGAAUAAACUUCAAAUACAUUGUUAAAGUAAAUUAUUAUAUUUAAAUAUUAAGGAAGUAAAAUGUGUACAGUUAAAUACGAAUACAUACCGGAUGAUCAUCUAAUAAAUCGUAUAUAUUUUGCAUCGAAGGAUGGUAUGUCAAUUGCCCUAUACACAUCAAUUGGUGGACUUGACAAAAAUAAAGUUAAUGAACUUUUAAACGAGACAGUGGACGAUGCUGGGCAACGAUGUACUCCUCUUAUGAUAGCCGCAAAAAAAGGACAUGAUAAAGUUGUGAGAUCGCUCUUAACAAACUACGAACCUAAUUUGGAAAAGGAAGGUAUCGUCAGAUUUGACGGAUAUGUUAUAGAUGGUGCUACUGCAUUAUGGUGUGCUGCCUUUGCAGGCCACCUAAGUAUUUGUAAAUAUUUAAUAAAAGCCGGUUCCGACGUAAACCACGGAACUAAAACUGAUUCUACACCUCUCCGUGCCGCUUGCUUCGAUGGCCGAUUAGACAUUGUGCAAUAUCUAGUACACCACAAGGCUGAUAUUAAUAAAGCUAAUAAAUAUAAUAAUACGUGUUUGAUGAUAGCUUCUUUCAAGGGACAUUUAGAAGUGGUAAAAUUUUUAUUAGAAAAUGGUGCUAACGUCAACGAAAGAGCUCUCUGUGGCGGCACAGCUCUACAUUUUGCUGCUGAAUCUGAUCACGUCAAAGUUGUCAAAGAAUUACUUAAGUACGAUGCUAUAUUCUCAACCAACGAAGCUGGAUUGACGCCCAUUAAAUCAGCUGCAGAGAAAACGAAAGAGAGGGUAGUGGAAUUUUUAAUUAGUAGGGAAGAUAUAACAGUCGAAGAUAGAAUCGAGGCUCUAGAACUGCUAGGUGCGUCGUUUGCUAACGAUAAAGAAAACUACGAUAUUACUAAGGCCUACAAAUAUAUGCUUUUAUCAAUGAGACUUAGGUACAGUGAUCCAGAUAAUCCCAUAAAAAAGAAGAUCAUAAAACCUAUUGCUGCAUAUGAAAACUGGAUCGAAUGUCAGACAGUCCAAGAUCUACUGGCAAUAAGUGAAAAUCACAACAGUCUUCACAUGGAGGCACUCACAAUUCGCGAACGGAUACUGGGUACUCAAAACGUGGAAGUUCCUUAUUCGGUUAUAUACAGAGGAGCCGUUUUUGCUGAUAAUGCUCGCUUCGAUAGAUGCAUUGAGUUGUGGUUACAUGCUUUACGGUUACAUAAAAAGACCAAUGUUUCAAUAACGAAAGAUCUGUUACGAUUCGCACAGGUAUUUUGUCAGAUGAUACACGUUGGCGUUACUUUGCCAUAUAAUUACUUAGACGAGGUUCUUUGCUCCGCAAUCGAAGAAUUAGUAAAAAAUAGAGAGAGGCUAAAUAAACCAGUAACACAUGAUGGUCACGAUGUGAUCACGGACAACAUUGAAAACAACAUUACGACGAUAUUGUAUUUACUUACAAUUAUAACAAAAACAAUGAAGAAUUUUUCAGAAGAAAUAAAACAUGACAUGGAAAAACUCGUCUUUAGUAUAAACCGUUUAAAUAUGACGUUACGCAAUGGACAGUCCCUUCUACAUUUGGCCUGUAGUUCAGAUACUCCUGUUGAUGAUUUUCAUAUAACAGAUAUUUGCAAGUUUCCUUGCAAAGAAACAACCAAAUUGUUAAUUCAAUGUGGUGCUAACGUAAAUGCUAUGGAUAAUGAAAGAAAUACUCCACUUCACAUAAUUGUACAAUACAACAAGGCUGUGUCUGAUUUUAUCACAAUGCACUCGAUUAUUACAGAUCUGAUUGAAAACGGCGCACAUUUGGAUUGCGUGAAUAAAUAUAAUGAAACGGCACUGGAUAUUUCUGCCACAGGAGUUGCCGAGAUCAUCUUAAAAACCCAAAUGAAAAUCAGUUUACGAUGUAUUGCAGCCAACGCUAUCAAAGCGUACGCUCUUACUUAUAGGGGGCAGGUACCCGAAGCUUUAGAAUCCUUCAUUGAACUACAUGGCUCAGGAGUUAAGAGGAAGAAUAAGUAAAUAAUUUGUAUAUAUAUAAAUGUGUUCUUUUAAUCUAAUGUGACUGUUUUUUACUGUGUUGAAUAAAAAUUUUAUUCUUUUUA